AGUUUAGCAGUAUAUAUAAAGGCUAAAAGGAAGAUCUUAUGCAUUCACGGACUAAUAAACCUAUUUGAGGAAGAUGAAGUCAUCAACCACAAUGUUGCCUUCAAAUAUUGCAAAUUAUGCUUCCUUUUUCUUGUUAAUCAUUUCUAUAAUAUUAUUAAUUGUUGGAUCCAAAGCUCAAUUGAAUUCUACAUUUUACGAUAACACGUGCCCCAAUGCUUCCAGCAUCGUACGGGGAGUUAUUCAGCAGGCUUUACAAUCUGAUGUUCGGAUCGGUGCCAGCCUCAUUCGUCUCCAUUUCCAUGAUUGCUUUGUCAAUGGAUGUGAUGGUUCCAUCUUGUUAGACAACAGCGCCAACAUACAGAGCGAGAAAGAUGCAGCACCCAAUACCAACUCAACUCGAGGGUUUAACGUUGUUGAUAACAUCAAAACUGCUCUCGAGAAUUCUUGUCCUGGCAUUGUCUCUUGUGCUGACAUUCUGGCCCUCGCUGCUGAAGCUUCCGUCUCUCUGCAAGGGGGUCCUUCAUGGACAGUACUACUAGGGAGAAGGGACAGUUUGACAGCAAACCAAGCAGGAGCCAACUCCUCCAUCCCCACACCAUUUGAAAGCUUAACCAACAUCACUGCCAAGUUCACUGCAGUGGGGCUUAACACUAAUGAUCUUGUGGCAUUAUCUGGUGCGCACACAUUCGGACGAGCGCAGUGCAGAUUAUUCAGCAGCAGGCUAUACAAUUUCAGCGGAACAGGCAACCCUGACCCCACACUCAAUUCAUCCUACUUGACAACACUCCAGCAGAUAUGUCCUCAAUCAGGGAGCGGAUUCAAUGUGGCGAAUCUUGAUCCCACCACUCCCGAUACUUUCGAUAAUAAUUAUUUCACAAACCUUCAAAACAAUCAGGGCCUUCUUCAAUCUGACCAAGAGUUGUUUUCCACAAGUGGGGCUCCCACCAUCUCCAUUGUCAACACCUUCAGCAGUAACCAAACUGCCUUCUUCCAAAGCUUUGCUCAGUCAAUGAUAAAUAUGGGGAAUAUCAGCCCUUUAACAGGAAGCAAUGGAGAGAUCAGAUCAGAUUGUAAGAAAGUUAAUGGAAGUUAAUCAAGUUAUGUUUGUUUCCUUAUGAAUAUUAUCUCGCCCCCCAAAAAAAAAAAAAGUACUUGUCUAUAAAGAAUCAAAGUAAGUGUAAUAUUUACAAAAUAAUGGGAACCCGUCAUGUUUGUUUGUAGUCUGUGGAAGUUACUUUAAUCAAUUAUGUGCCAGUUUUAUGACUACUCA